AUGGGCAGGAAUAUUGUUCGUCGUUCACACCCCGAUAUGCCUAACAAACAUAGCCGAUUGUGGAAUAGAAAGGAAAUUGAAGAUAUAUUGGCUAAUUACAUGGGCACAGAAGCAACAAGAUGUAUGAAAUUCUACUAUAGGGGACUGGAUCCACAAAUCAUUAUGAAAGGUCUUAGAAAGAUGAAGGAACUUCGGGUUCUUAAUGUGGCUGAUGAAGAAAAUUACUUGAAUCUGAAAAUUAGCCUAUACUUUCCGAAUGUUUUAAGAUACCUACGUUGGCACAAGUACCCCUUUGGAUCUUUACCCAAAUCAUUUCAAGCAAAUAACCUUGUUGCACUUGAGAUGACGUACAGUGAUAUCGUACAACUGUGGGAAAGGGGAGAAAAAAAGGUUCUUAACAAGCUCAGAUUCCUUGACCUCAGUGCUCCAAAGUUGAGGUCUCUUGACCUCGAGUUGACUCCAAAUCUUGAGACAUUGAUGAUGGAGCCUGGUGAUUUGGUAGAACUUUACAUGCCCGGUAGAUGUUUAAAACUCAGAUCCCUUGAACUUAAUCGUGUAAAGUUGAGGACGCUUGACUUUGGGUUGACUCCAAAUCUCGAGAAUUUGAUACUUGAAGAUUGUGAUUUGGUAGAACUUCAAAUGCCCGAUAGAUGUCGAAAUCUCACAUUCCUAUCAAUCAUUAAUUCAAACCUCAGGACCCUUGACCUUGGGCGGAUUCCGAAUCUCGAGUAUUUAAGUGUUUUCCACUGUAAUGAUUUGGAAGAACUUCACAUGGCCUAUGAAUAUUUAAAGCUUAGAUCCCUCCACCUUACUGGUUUAAAGCUGAGGACCCUUGACCUUGAGCCGAGUCCAAAUCUAGAGAGGUUGUAUCUUCUAAAAUGCAACAAUUUGGAAGAAAUUUACAUCACCGAAUGUCCAAUACUGACAUUCAUCAAUAUUCAGUGUUCAAAGCUGAGAACCCUUGACCUCAGUCUGGUUCCCAAUCUUAGUGAGUUGUGUAUUUCUGAAUGCAAAGCUUUGGUAAACCUUCACUUGCCCCAUAGAUGUCUAAAUCUCAGGACCCUAAAUUUCAAUAAUUCAAAGCUCAGGAUUCUUCACGUUGGGCUCACUCCAAAUCUUGAGGAGUUAGAUUUUGAAAAUUGUUAUGAUUUGGAAGAACUUUGCUUGAUCGAUCAAUGUAAAAAUCUUGUGUCCCUCAACAUUUGUCAGUCAAAGUUGAGGACCCGUGACCUUGGGCUGACUCCAAAUAUCAAGAAGUUAGUUCUUAAAGAUUGUCAUAACUUGGUAGAACUUCAUGCUCCCAUGGGAUGUCUAAAAAAUCUUGUGUACUUAGACUUAAGUGGUUGUUUGAGGUUUAGAUCUUUUUCAUUUCACAUGGAGGAUGAUACUUCAUGUAGUGAGGAUGAAUCACUCGAGGUUGAUUUUUUAGCUGUGAUACGUUUUACCUUUGAAAGUUGCCCAUUUCACCCUGAAACUCAUUUGCCAGAGUAUGAGUUUAAAUCUUUUCAUAUAGAAGAUUUACCUUCAUUGACUAGUAGUAUUGAGAAGCUUAUUUCUGAAGAUGUGUGUGCUUGCACAAAACUUGAGACAUUUUGA